GGAGGAGCAGCAGAUUCAACGCUUUACGACAGUUCUCCGCGACAAUUUCCGGCACAAACACACACAUGCCUGCCCGAGCAACGAAAACACCGAGAGGUCAAAAGUUAUGAUCCUAAUCUUUAACAGAAACGGAACGUAACACACAGACAUGGCCAGCUCCAUGGUGGCCGUGGGACUGGCUCUGGCUGCAGCUGGAUUUGCAGGUCGCUAUGCCAUGCAGGCCAUGAGGCAGUUGGAGCCUCAGAUGAAACAGGCCCUUCAGAGUUUCCCCAAGACGGCUUUUGGAGGAGGGUACUACAGAGGUGGCUUUGAUCCAAAGAUGAGCAAGAGAGAAGCAUCCCUGGUUUUAGGUGUCAGUCCCACAGCCAACAGGAACAAGAUCAGAGAGGCACAUAGAAAACUGAUGGUCCUGAACCAUCCAGAUAGAGGUGGAUCUCCCUACCUGGCAGCGAAGAUAAACGAGGCGAAGGAUUUCCUGGAUAACCAGGCAAAGAAGUCGUGACGUGAUUCCACACUGCUCUUAUCCGUGCAGGUUGCACUGACUUGACUUGAGCAAUUACCAGACUUUUCUAACUCUCAAAUAAAAUCAUAAUGUACAAAUUGUUAA